AUGGAGUCCCAGCCACCUGCGAAUCAGGCGCUGCCGGAGCCGCUCUCGGGUCAGCUCCAACUGCAGCUGCUUCAGAGGCACCGGGAGCUCCUCGUCGCGCAGCAGCUUCAGCAAACGGGAAAGCAGAGCAAGCCAACUCCCCAGUCUCCUCAGCAGGCCGCGCCGCAGCCCUGCGGUGAGAAGGAUAAGAAGCCGGUCGUGACCCCCACGUUGCCACUCACAAUGCCGAUGGCGCUUCUGCAGCCCCCGCUGCAGCCGCUGACGCCUGAGCAGCAGCUGCAGCGCCAGCAGCUGCUUCAGCACCAUCUGCGACAGCGGCAGCUCCAGCAGCUUCUGCAGCAGGCUAGUCUCCGCAGCCAGGCCGCGUCGCCACAGGAUCCGGCCUCGCGGCCUCCGCAGCCGCGCGCUGUGGAAAGUCUUCAGACGGAGGUAGAGCGGCAGAGGCAGCAAGUCAUCCCGCCGCUUCAGGCCCCCUCGAGGCUGGUACAGCUUCAGCAGCUCCAGCAGCGAUUGCUGCUUCAGGCGGCGGCUCAGCGGCAGCAGCCGCAACCCACCAUGGCUCCUGCGGGGAAGGCGCCUCCGCUUCGGCCGCCGCCUGCCGUCGUCGCUGCAGCGGCUGCGGCGGCUGCCGCAGCUGUCAGGCGUGGGGCACUUCAGCUUUUGAUGAUGCCAAGACAGGCAGGCAUCCUCGGCGCGGACAGCCAGAAGGUUCCAACCUCGGGGGCGCCGGCCCCUGACGCAGGCGCCGCAGGCUUGCAUGUCUCCGGGGGACUGGGGCAGAAGGCAGAGAAUGCGGUCGCUUUGAACGGAUCCGGAUCUGCCGCUGCAGGCGCUACCCCUGCUUCUGAGGGCGUGCCGCCGCGCGUCGCGGUGCCUGCUGCUCUGGGGGCCGUGGCAGCUCUCGCGUCGAGUCCGCUCUGCCACGGCGUUGUGCUGUCUGGGAGCGUGGCGGCGAACAGCGGAGGGAGCUCGAGGCCGCCGACCGACCGGCAGCCCGCGAUCGGCGCGAGCGCGCGGCAAGAUUCCGACGCGCAGCCGAGCGCUGCCGCCAACGGGGGCUGCAGGGCCGCCAGCACUGAGGAUUUCGCAAAUGGGACAAACCGGAAGGCGAGCGCAGGAGGCGCGGCGAACGCGGGGCCCUCCAAGCUCAAAGACAGCGACGCAGACCUCAGCGCUGGCCUGGCUGACGGCGGUGCGAAGCAGACAGAACCGCCGGUCGCCGCUCCAGGAGCCGCGAGCGGACGCGAGGGAAACAGCGCUGUGACGCUCGGCGCUGGAGGAGACAGAGAAGACAAGAAAGGCGACGCGCCAACGCCGCCUAGGAGCAGCGAAUCCUCUGUGAAGAAGCAUCCGGGGAGUCGAGACACAGAAGAGGAGGAAGAUGGCGAGGCGUCGGGAAGUCUAGAGGACGACGUGUUUCGAUAUGAAGAGGACGUGGAUGCACCCGACGCUCUCAAGCGACGGCACACGCUGGACAUGCCCGUAGGAUGGGGAGUGAGGAAACCGGUGGCUGAGGCCACUGGGAACGGCGGCACUUUCAAGAAAAUCGUCUGGGUGAACGAAAUUGUUGGCGGCAUUCGGCGGCAGGUCUACUGGCUCGAGAGGACGAAGGAAUGGUGUGUGCAGUUCUUUCGUCCCUCCGGAUCUGACACGCGGGUGGUGACGAAGAAGUUCCUCGAAGACGGAGCAAACAAGUUUCGAGCGGUCGCCGCCGCCUACAACCUGAUGCCCUGGGACUGCUCCGGCAGCGACUACCGCCGACCGCAAGGGCGGCCCCUGAAGCGCCGCGUGUUCACCGCAGCCGACUUCGAAGAGGGCACGGCCUGGUGCCACUAUCCGGCCUCUCUCUCUCUCCAUCCCUACCCGUCUGCGAGCGGGACUCCGUAUGUGUCAGCUGCUGCCGCGCCUCCGUCUGUCCGAUCCCGCCGCCGAGCUGAGGCUCCUCUGCUGCAUCCACGCGAUCUAGACGCCGAGGCUUCACAAGCGGGACUUCUUUCCAGUUGCUCUUCGGCAUGCGUGUCGCUGCAGAAUUCUCCUUGUUUCGCGCCGCACGAUGACGUGUCUCUGGGGCGGGUCGCCACGCGGUCGGCGUCUUCCGCAAAUUCAGGGAGGCUCACAAGCGGCCUGGCCCCCGCGAGCUGCUCCAGCACGCCUCUAAUGGCAGCUCACGAUCUGCCGCUCCGGCGGGGUUCCCGUCACAACGGCGUUUCGUCCUCCGCACCCGUUACUCGUUUGAUGCCGCCCUCGCUCUCUCCCCGCCUCUCUCCGCGGCUACUGGAUACUGUCGCGUCGGUGGCAGCUGCCACCUUCCGGCCUCAUGCAGGGCUCCGCAAGCGGAAACGCGCUGAGGACGAGGCUAUCCAGGAGGAAGCCUCCGACAGCGGAAGUGCGCAAGGUGACCGCUGGUAUGAGCAGGAUGGACCAGCGGACGCUGCGAGCCAUGCGCCGCGACAGGAAAGCGCCCGGAUCUCCGACGUGCCUGGAGAGGCUCUUGGGGACUUGUUUCUCGGGGCGCGCUACUCAGAGGGCGAGGACGAUGACGAAACUUCGUUGCUGCGUCAACUGAUUCUCGACCAGGCUGAUGAAGAUCCCCCCGAGUGCAUCGCUUCAUGGAGCAAGGCGCUGUUGCCUUGGCCACCCUGCGCGUCGACUUUCUCUAGCGCCCUGAUUCCUUGCUCCGAGUCACCCCGCUCUCCGUCGCCCUCGUCGUCCCUCCUGGCCUCAUCGCUGUCGCCUCUGUCCCCUCGGAGGUGCAACGACGUGAAGGCGUUCCCGAUGAAAAGCACAGAAAACGACGGCAGCUGUUGCGAGAUACCUCACACUACGCCCCGCGACCGCGCGCCCGAUGCCUUGCACUCGACAGGGAAAUCUGGCUUCGGCCUGACUUCUCCAGUCGAUGCAAACGCAUCCGACAGCAGCAGGCGGCACAUGGCUUUGCCCCCGGGGCCUUCCUCGUCUUUAAGCCGACUUUUCUGUCACCUCUGUUGCGCGCCAGAACGGCGCGAAGCACUUGGCAAGCGCGCCUUCGCAAAAGUUGUCGAGGUCAUCUUUCCAAAUGCGUUCGACCAGUGUCCCCUUCGUCCCGCGAGAGCGAGCAGGCACCAGAAACGCGCAUGCCAGACGCCGGACGUCGAGGUGAACAUGGAUGUUUGCCAGAGGCUGGCGAAGCGUGAACAGACCCUGGAGAACUACGUCCUCAUAAGUCGAGUUUUGCGGGCACUCGCCAAGAAGGAAAGCGACGAGUUCUUUCGAAAUCUGAAGCAUAUGUUCCAAGCGCACGCGAAGGACUGUGCCGGGGAUCCCGCCGACUUCUCGAAAAACCAAACAGGCAUUCCCUGGCAGAGGAGCGGAGCGAACAAUGCGGCGCACUCCGUGCCUGAGCCCGACGAAGGGUCACUGUCCGCUGAGGGCGCCGGCCAGAGUUCGAAGGACCUGUCUGCCCUCGCAGAUGAGCUGCAGGCGAAGCCCGAGGAAGUCAGGACGGGAGAGCCGAGAAACGUCCUCGACCAAGCUGCAGUCUCCACGAGUGAGAGUGUGAUAUCUGAAAAGCUGGGCGAUGUGUCUAGUUUUCUCAGGGGCGCGGCAUCCCCUGCCCUCGAAACCUCCGCAUCGAAGGGGCGUCCGGCGUGCAAACGCCACGCGGUCGCGGACACAAGUAAGAACGAGGGAAAAGUGGCGCCGAGCGAGCAGACCUGCGAGGCUCUGCAGGCGGCGAAUCGCCUGGGGAGUGACGACGGAGGAGCCGCGGUCGGCGGGCAGGGUGCUGCGGGGAAGGGCGGCGCAGUGGCCGCGAACGAAACGAGUGGAGGAUGCAAGGAGAACAGAGCGAACGAGGGAUGCCGGUGCGUCAGAGGCGUCCGCCCACGCGGAAACCGAGAGCCUACAGUGACAGAGGUGCUCCGCGUUCUGGGCUGGAUCCUGGCGAUUGAUGAAGAUCAAGAAGGAGUACGGUAG